CCACUUCUUCACUACAAUGGAUCCUAAAAGAAUUAUGAAAAUGUCUUAAAAGGCUUUACACGUCGGUUAAGGUCCUACGGCGUGCUAUUCCAUGACAUUUACUGGCUUGUAUAUUCAGCUGUAUAUUUCAAGUUCAGCACGCGCGGUUGCGACCGGAAGCCACCAUGAGUAACCAAUUUUACCUAAAAUAAUGAGACAAAAAGCUUUAAUAACCGUAAACCAUUGAAAUUAAACAUUUAUCAUACCCUCAAGAGAUAAUAUUUGUGUUUUGACCAGCGAAAAAAGAGCAAAUUCAAGAAAAAAUGUCCCAUCUUCGCAGGACUUAGCAUAAAGAAAUUGAAACCUUCGUCUUUCAUCUUGGCGGAGAAAGGGCAGAAAAUGCGAUAUUUCAAAACGAUCAAACCCAUAAAAAUCGCGGGGUCGAAAGAGGUCGGAGCGUGGAAUUAGUAUCAAGCACCCCUUUUCCGCCGAUUUAAAUAAUUUAUUCAGGGCAAAACCUCGCAGGAAUAAAGACAGUUUUCGAUAAUUAAAAGGCAUCUAAAUAAAUAUUCACUUGCGAGUGAAAACAGCAUGGCUUAACAGGGUCGUAAACGAGAGCAAUAAUACGUGAAAUGACCAUGGAAACAUUUUACAUUAUUAAUCAGAUACCAAAGAUUACAUGUAACAGGGCUCAUUCAAACUUACCUUGGAUGAGCUGCAUCUUGAAAUUGAGGUCGUUGAAAAUCUCCCUCGAAACCCUCGAACGCUCUUUCCACCGCGGAGAGAAGACAAAGAUUUGCCGCGAAGCAUCAUGGUAUAUAUGAAAUUCCCCCCUUUGGCGAAAUCUAAGUACAGCAGUUCACAGACUACUACGACACUCUUUCGUUCUUACAGUUACCUGUCCAGUUGCAAAGUCGGCCCUCUCUCUCGGUUGUUGUUCCGUUUGACGUAACGAAAUGGCAGCAGAGGAAAUCAUUACGGACAAAACCAUCGGCCCUGCGCUCCAGAACUACGCCAAUUCGCGAGGGUGGAUUGAUGCACGAGCCAAUGAGAUUCGACGGGAACUUAAACAGGUAAGAAAGGAUAUAUUCAACACAUACCGAGAACAAGAAUCGCCGAAAGGCGAUUUUUAACUGGGCUGCCAUAGGGCUAUUUUUUCUGAGGGGAGGGGGCCGCUAUACGCAUUCAGGCUACCAUAAAAACUUGUCGCCGACCGUUGCGUAAGACAGAAUGUCAUGUGAGACUGAAACAUAAACUCAUGCAGAACACUGUACCCUUUUGAAAGACUUUCGUAACAAAAAAACGAGUACCAUUUUUAAGAGGGGACUGUAUAAUAACUUUUAAAUUCCACCAUUAUGAAUAAAAAUAAACAAGUUAGCCAUUAAUUCUAAGAAGGAAACGAUUCGCAUUAUUUUCACGCACCCCUCCCCCAAUCACUCUACUUCUCCCAAAAUAUAGCGUGACAGCGUAACGUGACUAAUUUGAUGUCACCGGAAGUUCCAAAAACUAUUGUUGUUCUACGAGUAGGGGUAUGAGUAGUUGUAGGGUCAGCUACUCGCCACUGAGCUGAUUUACACUAGACAGAAAUAUUGUAUUGUAUGAAACCCAGAAGUUUACCAAAACAGACACCCAACUGUCCAUUGAUCCCGAUCCAGGGGCCUCACUGACUGCACUGAGACUUUACUAUAGACGAUCCUAAUUUGCGGUCUACAGUCUACAUGAAAACGCACUAUUUUUUCCACAAGAUAAAGAAUAUUCAGUUUUAAGAUUUUCCUCUCGGUAUUUUUCUCUAACUUAAAGGAAUAACACCCUUUGCAUUCUGUGACCUAAAAAAGGUUUAAAGAUUUCUCGCUCGCAUGUUGCUUUCAUCAGCACGCACUUUAAUUUAAAAAAAAUUAAUAUAAAUAGAUGAAAAGAUCGAUAACAUAUACUGUUUCAUUACAUGAACGCGGACGUGACUCUUGCUUCAUGCGAUGAUGUUCAAAAAUUGUUUUGUGCUGCAGAAGCCGCAAAAACUGUUCACUUCUUCGGCAAUUUCAGGCGCCAUUGGCUCGUAAAUUCACCAAUAUCUUUAACUUCUUGAGGAACUUUUUGGAUGCAACAUUCUGUCGUAGAAAUGGUUUAAAAUGAAAGAUAGUUAAGGCCCAAGUUUGUACCGCGAUGCUCGCAGGUUUUCGCCGGCACCUUUCCCGGGGGUACUCCCGCGAAUUUUGGAUAGGGGUGUGCCGCGAAGGUACGUGAACCCUAACCCUAUUUAAGGACUAGGAAAGCGAAAACUGAUACCCUUUUUAAGGCCCAAAGCCGAAAAAUGACACCCUAUUCAAGGAAAGAACAAAAUUAUUCAUAGCAUGAAAAGGAAAACUUUAUUUCUUCUCUGUAACAUUGGAUGUAUAGCAUCAAGCAUAAAAUACUAAAAUACUUAAACGGAUACAUCAAGUUUUAAAAAAACCGUUCGUUUAGGCAGGCGUUUUCACACUCCACUAUUAGAUAAUAGAAUUAAGCUACCCUAUCUAAGGACCACACCAGGGACACAGAAACAAAAGGGUAAAAAAAGAUACCCUAUUUAAGGACCGAGAACCUCAAAAACCAUACCCUAUUCCGCGGCACGUACCUAUAUAGCCCAUAUAUGGGAGUACCCCCCCCCCCAGGCACCUUUCUCUUUGCGUACAAUGGCUUAAAUAUUGGUAAUUUUAGCUCAUAUACAGUGUUUGUAUGGCGAGAUCAAUAUUACUGUUGAACGGCGCUAGCGUAAUUUGCCAAUUAACCGAGAGAAAAUGAGUAAAGACCUCAAAACUUCGCACAAUAACAGGUAUAUGAAAUUCCUUUCCAGUUCAAUUUAAUUUUUAAGAAUUUUUCUCUCGCCAUAGAAAUCCUUAUUAGAGUCAGACAUUUUUAAAGGCCAUUGGGAUCCACAAUGCGCAUGCUUAAGGGCCAUACUGUCCUCAAUUUCCGCCCAUGCAACUUUUUCAUUCUGAGCAAUUUCUCUAGUUAUCUUCUAGUUCUGAUCCAGAUAUCGGAGCAGCUUUUAGUGCUUAAAUUGGCCUUUCUUCUAUAUUUCACAAUGUUUUAGUAGACAAUUUAUGAAUUUCCUGUAAAAAAAAGGAGCCAAAACCUCCCCCUUGAGCAGAUCAUGGGCGCAAGAUAAAAGUAGCUGGGCUGCUAGGCAAGUGGUUGUUAGAGAAAAUUCAAAAUGGUGGACGAAGAUUCACACUCGACGGGACUUGAAUGUCUCGGGUGAAGAAGUUCGUUCAACAAUUUUUUUUGGUUUAAAUUGGAGCCAAAGUUGUUUAGCACCGCUUUUGACGCCUCAAAAUUGCACAAAAAUGCUUUGUGGAACAACUUUUGAGCAACUUUCGUGACAAAAAGCAACUUUUGAUUGUUUUUUAAGCAAGUUUCGAGCACCUUUCUGAGGAAUAACGGGGAAACUCUUUGGAAAAUCUCGAGCUACCUGUGGAAAGCCCAAGGCUGGAUCGCAAGGUACUGCACAAAACUGCGCUGCUUAGUUGCAGUUGGACAGAAAGUUGCGGAAAAGCCAUGAAAGCCCGAUUUGCACUUUUGUGUACUCUUAAGGUGGCUCAACCCAGUAUUUUAAUAGGCACACCGGCCUCCAUCUUUGAAUCUCUUAUACUUAUACAAAUAGAUCUUUAAACACAUGAAAACGAAUGAAUCAGGGUAAAACGUAAUGCUGAACUCUGUUUGUAAUUUUAAGGUUACUUUCACGAAAACAGCGAUUAAAACAAAAUUCGUGGAUAGAUUUUUUAAAAAAAGUUUCAGUACAUUAGUUGAUCAGUGUACUAUUAAAUCCCCGAAUUUCGUGUCGAUUGAAAACUGUUAAAGUUUUGUUACACAUAUUACAACCCUACCUUCCUAUAACCAGGGGCACCCAACGACCAAUUUGUUGUAAAAUGUAUUAUUAUACCCCCAUUAAUGAAAAUAAAUGUUAUUAAGGCAUCUUCACGUGUUUUUCAGUGUUGCUGGGAAAAUAUUAUCUGUUCCUUUUUCCCAGCAAGACACACAAGAAAUUUCCCAGCCAGCUAGAUAAAAUUGGUUGGUUUCCCAGCCAGCUGAUCAAAUUUAUUUCCCAGCCAGGAAUUAAAUUAAUUAAUAUAAAUGAAAGGAAUAAUAAUGAUGAUAACAAUAACAAUACUUAUAUUAAUGUGGCUAAAUGUAAUUUAGGCAAAGUUAACCUCGAAACAAUGCUGGUUUGCAGUUUUUCCUGCUAUACGGGCGGUGGCCCGAUGCCUCUAGCAGGGGCACCUCGUGAAGCAGUUGCUUGCUUGCAGUUCUUUGCAAAGUGUUGUUGCAAUAGCCUGCUAUUUGCGUGUCAUUCUGUUUUUUUUUUUUUGACAAACAGCUGUAAUUCUUGUGUUAGUAUAUGAUACUCUAAAUGUACUGCUGUCUGAAGCAGUCUAAAUUUUAGGAGACUUUUGUGAGCCUGGAAAGUGAGCGCAGAAUUCAUAACACCUAGCAGCAUUGUACACAUGGCAAUUGUUUAACAUACUUGCUAGGAUAAACCAAGGUAAUCCCCAGUUCCUUGCUAUUUCCACAGCCUGAAAAAUAAUAUUAAAAACGAAAAAAUAAGAGACAAAAGUUAAUUGACUACAGCCAGCAGCAAUACUGAUUGAGUGUGAUGUUUUCAGAUCUAGUUAUAGCUUACUAAUCAAAGCUAUUGUUAUCACAGGGGCCACACACAAAGUGCAUGACCCUUGGUAUUAUUGAAUUCAGAAGCAAUGUAUGAGAAUAGCAAGAAGUUCCAUAAUUAUUACUGUACUAUUCUGUGAUCAAUAUUAUAUUUUCAUAUAAGAUGAGGAUAAACCAACCUUUAUCUGAAAUGAAGUGCUGUUGUUGUUGAUGGCUGGAAAUGGCAAAUUUUAGCGAUUUUUUCCUGAGCAAUGCAAGUCCUUGAAAUUGAAGGUUAGUUUAUUCUCAUUUGACAUGUAAAUAUUCAUUGCAGAAUAGUAUAAUCUUAUGGAACUUUUUGCAAUUCUCAUACAUUUCUUCUAAAUUCAAUAAUACCAAGGGUUACCCACUUUAUGUGGGCAUCCUGUGAUUGGUGGUAUUUGUAAAAAGUAGACUCCACCCCUUUAAAUUUUUAAGUGUAGAAACCUUACGCUUAAGUUGAAACAUAUUUAUUUAUCAUAAAUGUCUGCGCCAAACAACAACAAAAAAAAAGGUUGAGGUAGCAAUCUAUUUGUUAUCAUGGUGCUGCAGUCAACCAAUUUAGCUAUAUUGUAUAUCUUUCCACAUCAAUUGAAAAAUAAAAAAAAUUCCUUGAUUCGCCUAAUAUGACAGUCAUUAUUUAUAAAUUUCCUCCACACAAUACCAGAAUACUGAAAUGGAUGGAUAACAAGAUCAGUAAAAUUUCUGCAGGCCAUAAUUAGGUCUAGCAGUUGAACUGGUCCAAAUGAAUGAAUUUCUCCACGCUACAAAUAUUUUUUUAUUUUAUCAAAAUUUAAAAUGUUACCAUGAUUGGACAAACUGUUAAGCAUCUUCCUCCCAAUGACAUGGAUGUGCGUCCAUUCACAUUAAAGGAAAAGGGAAACUUAAUAGACAACUGAAUAGAGGGCCACAAAGGAAGCAAAGUUCUCAGCGCAAACCAUGAAAUCCCUAACUCAACCAGAUGGAAGAGAGAGGGUCAUAUAAGAAUGAACAAAAAAAGAAUACCCAAAGUCACAAGCCUAACCCAACCUGGUGGAAGAGAGAGGGUCGUAAGAAUGAACAAACAAUGAAUGCCCAUCGUCACAAGCCUUAAUCAACCCGAUGGAAGAGAGAGGGUCAUAAGAAUGAACAAACAGUGAAUGCCCAUCAUCACAAGCCUAACCCAACCUGAUGGAAGAGAAAGGGUCGUAAGAAUGAACAAACAGUGAAUGCCCAUCGUCACAAGCCUAAAUCAACCUGAUGGAGGAGAGAGGGUCGUAAGAAUGAACAAACAGUGAAUGCCCAUCGUCACAAGCCUAACCCAACCUGAUGGAAGAGAGAGGGUCGUAAGAAUGAACAAACAGUGAAUGCCCAUCGUCACAAGCCUAACUCAACCUGAUGGAAGAGAGAGGGUCGUAAGAAUGAACAAACAGUGAAUGCCCAUCGUCACAAGCCUAACCCAACCUGAUGGAAGAGAAAGGGUCGUAAGAAUGAACAAACAGUGAAUGCCCAUCGUCAUAAGCCUAACUCAACCUGAUGGAAGAGAGAGGGUCGUAAGAAUGAACAAACAGUGAAUGCCCAUCAUCACAAGCCUAACCCAAUUUGAUGGAAGAAAGGGCAGUUUCCUGGUGUACCGGUUCACAAAGUUUCUAAAACAAUAGAUAACAAUAGAAUACAAUAAGCCACAUGAACAAAGAACAAUAAAGAACGAACAAUAGAUCUGUGAUAUUUCUGUAACACGAAAAUACUCUGAAGAAAGAGGGUCGUAAGAAUGAACAAACAUUGAAUCCCCAUUGUCACAAGAAUAACUCAAUCCAAUGGAAGAGAGAGGGUCGUAAGAAUGAACAAACAGUGAAUGCUCAUCGUCACAAUCCUAACUUAGCUUUGUUUUGUACAGAGACAGAGUAUGACUAAAGAUUGUUGAAGAGGAGAAGUAAACAAUCUGCCAAGUAAAAAAGAAUUAGUGCUGUUGAAUUGGUCACAAUAACAAUUAAUUUUUACUGUCAAUGUAUGUGUUGAUUGAUCAGUAGUUAUUACUGACACAUACAUUGUAUGAACAAUAGUAUUAAUGUCUUAAUUAAGUACUCAAUCCAAUACAAAACAACUGAGCAUCAGAUACAUUCUGACAAAUAAAACCACAGUCUGGCCAGAACCAACAAAAUUUGCUUAGUCAGAGAAAAGAAAAACUAUAGUUAACACCAUAGUAAUUCAUAUUUUAAUCCAUUUGCAUCCAAGCCGUCUUUUCCCAUCCUCACGUGCAAGUGGGUUCCUCACGUGCAAGUUGACAAUGACCAUUUUUUCAAACUGAAGUCGUUAAUUGGGGUUUCCUUAUUUUUGGCUGAGAAUUUUAGCUUAUGAAAAGCAAGCUAAAAGCGUGACACAGCUCUUAUUAUUUGUCAGUGUAUGUUUGUUAUCUGCCUUCUGGCUACAUAUACAAAGGCUGGUUUCUAUGUUAACACAAAAACAGAGGCUUUGCUGGAGUUGUCGAGAGAAACAAACCGUUUUUUUAGCGAAAUAACUUGCAUUAAAAUAAGUACGAAUUUUUCUUGAUUCUUACCUUGUGUGUGAGGAAACACCUACUCGAUCCGGUGACUGCCUACACGGCCUAACUGUAAACAAAAAUACUGCUGUCAGUUUUUUAAAAUUUGUUGGCUAAGUUCGCUUCAACUGUAAAACGCUGAACACACACUACAGGGCACCGAAACUUAAAUCUGUGAAUGAAAAUACAAAUUACUGCUGUUAGAUUCACUCGAUUCGUCUCAAUUCAGUGUAGAAGAACAUCACGAGAACUUAAGCAUACAGAUAAAAUAACAAUGGGAAUUAAUCUUACAUGUAAAUGAGGAAAGUUCUUCGAUCUGUACAUGUGCAGACAUCCGCGCGCUUUGAAAUCCCUCGCAAAAAUAACCGACACAAAACCGGUUUUUUCCGCAAACGCGAUCUCUCUGGCCAGCCGUCAAAUGUUUGUCACUACUCUCGGGGGAGGGAAGGGAUACUUUUUUUCAGUCGUCCUCGGUCUUCAGAGUUUCUCAGCCAGCCCGGCUUGAAAUGCUAGAAAAGUCAGUAAUUCCCAGCCAAAGCCUCUAACAAUAAGAAAUUUCCCAGCCAGCUCAUUAGAACACCUAAUAUUUUGCCAGCCAGCAAGAUUCCUAUGGGGAACAGAUAAAGUGAGGAACAGAUUCGUUGGGUGCCCCUGUAUAACGGCCACUUAUCCCGUCCCUAGGGUAGCUCAUGUGUCGUAAAGAAGUUUGAAAGUGAGUAUGUAUUAUAGGGCGGAGUUUUUAGAAGCAACCAGGACGUUUGUCAAAAAAAUGUCCCGCGAUUUUAUUAAUGACAUGCGCGGUUUGGAUAGGAACCUGCUACGCAAACUAAUAAGCGAGCUAAUUGACCACUCCAGAAAAUACCAUAACAUACCAUAAUGCUCUUUCUUUGUCACCCCAAAAUUUUGCUUGAGCAUUGUUUUCAGUUUCUCUCGGGGCCAUUUUAACUCCCAAGAGAAACUGAAGACAAUGCUUACGCAAAAUUCAGUGGGGUGACAAACAAAGAUCAUUAUGGUAUGUUAUGGUAUUUUCUGGAGUGGUCAAUUCAGUCUUAUUGUAGCCUGCGUGGCAGGCGUUUGAAAGGGAAGGGAAAGGGAGUUUUCAGGCCUGGGGAGUUUUAGGUGCGAGAGAAACGCGAGGGGCGCGCGAGGAGGGAGGGAGUGAAACGCCUGCCAGGAGACCAUUGUUUUUCUCGUUUUUAACAUCCACCAGGCGAAUGUUAAAAUCCUGAUUGGUCUGUCUUCAAAACAUGUCAAUCACAGCCUUAAUACCUUAAUCCGAUUGGCUGAAAUCAACAUCACGCUACUGAGUAACUUAACUUUCAGUAAUCAUUUGAAAAUAUGUUGUUAGUGAGGCGUGAUGAGAUCUCUGUAUGGAAUUCAUCGUUUUAGAACGAUUAGAAACUGAAGGCAUCUAUUUCAGCUUGAAAGGAGAAUAGAAGAAAGCAGUUAAAAGACUCGUAUGAAGGAAAAGACCUGUCAGCUAGAUGAGUUGUGCUGACUGGUUUUGAGAAAUCUUGUCUCCUAACGGCUUGUUUUACUCACUAGAAGAAAGAAAGAAAGAAAAAAUGCUGCCUGUGUGCUUGUUAUCUGCUGUUUGACCUCAAACGACUACCACUCAGGCUACGCUUUACCAACGACCGGAUUGUUGAGGACGAAGCGAUCUAUAAUCCUUAGCGAUUUUCGGUUUGAGGACUUCUUCUUGCUGGUUAUAGACGUUAUAAAGCCACCAGGAACUUACUUUAAUAAUAAUAUUGAUUGCAGAAUUAGCCUUAUUGUAGAUCUUUGAAGUUCAGCUCUUCUUUCCCUGCUACCAGCGUUCUUUUGUAUGCUCCGCUGGAUCCAGUUCGAGAGUCAAAGUGGUUGUAAUUUUAAAUACAACCACUUUGUUUGUCGGAGAAAUUAAAAUUUCUCCGACAAACAUUGCAUGCAAGUUGGGAACCAGGUUGGGAAGUCCAACACGAUACCUUCAGCAAAAACGUAAUAGAUUUAUGCCGUAUUUUCUAUAACAAGCCACGCAUGGUUGCGACUUUCUUCCUUCAACGGACGACCGCAUUUAUGCUUUUUUUAAUAGUACCUUUACUUCAGAUUUCUUGUUUUAGGAGAACAAAAGAGAAACAGUACGCGAAAUACGACUUUAAGCGCAUCGCGGCCAGACUUAUUUGACAGCUAGUCAUUCACAGUUGCGUUAUUUUUGCAUACAUAAUUAGUAGGCGGGAUGGCGAAAACAAUGGUUUCCUGGCAGGCGUUUUCCUCCCUCCCUCCCUCCUCGAGCGCCCCUCGCACUUCUCUCGCACCUAAAACUCCCUUUCCCUUCCCUUUCAAACGCCUGCCACGCAGGCUAGUCUUAUUGUGUUUUUAUUUUUAUUGUUUUUAGGGUGUAAGUAAACCUUUUAAUGAAGUUAUAAAACAUUUUGGAGACCCACACGCGUUUGGACAACCUCCAGUUUCUUCUCUGAGGCAGGUAGGAUAAUUUUUUAAAGCUAAAGGUCUUUGUUUUCUGUGCAUAGAUUUGUUUGUUUGUUAUAAUUUUGCUUACUCGCGUCAGUUUCUUAAUCUUUUAUGGUGGUAAAUAACGUUAAUUUAACUGACCCCAGCCAGCAGGGGGCGGAUCCGGAGGGGGGGUUUGGGUGGCUAGCCCUAGGCACCCCCCUUUAAAACAGCCCGCAGAAAAAAUAUAUAUAUAAUACAUGGAAAAACAAAUGGAAAUACGUGGGUUGAAAAAACCUUGUGAAGCCAGCCAGUCUUCCUUCCUUCCUAAAUCGCCAUGUUUUGGGACAAACAUUGGACAACUUAAAAUAAAUUAACGUAUAGUUUGAUAGCCGAUUGGUAUCAUCCACCCCCAUUAAAAGAUUCUGGAUCCGCCCCUGGCUGGAUCCCCAGCUAUGAAGCGGAUUUCAAAAGGUAAUCCGCUGUCCCUUUAGCCACAUCAAGAGCCAUUGUGGCUCUUGGCCACAUCUAAACCUUUAGACCGUUAGUAAACUAAACUAAAAGUCUAAACUUUUGGAUGCCAGGAAAUUUUGUGUCGCACCGCUUGUGCUGUAAGCUUUAAAAUACAAUUGCAGCUUCAACAUCGCCCGUUUAACCCUCGGGUAUUUCAGUGAAUUGUUUUUAAAAAUGACUGUUCAAAUUCCCAACUCCUCGAGUCGAAGUGCUGUUCAAAUGACCCAUAAUUGCUGGUUUUCAGUUUCACGCCAUUCAAAAUAGAUCAAAAUAAAAAACAAAAACCAUUCUACAGAUAAAGUCCAGAAUCUGGGAAAUGAAAGGAGGUAAAUACACAAAGACCCUCGCCAAGAUUUGGGUCGAAGUAAUAAUUCGUAUACGAGAUAUCCGAGGAAAUGUUUUACCCAAAUUUAUGGAGCUUUGUAUGGUGACGCUAUGCUAGAGCUCAUCCGGAUGAGCUCCAACACGGCGGACGGAAACGAACAGAAACAUCUGUUACCGAGUUUUGCUACAAAAGCCCUGAAUUUACUCCUAGAGGAAUUCAUAAAAAUUAAAGUAAUACUUUGUCUAAUACUUGAACUGUUUUGAUAGCAAAAUUCCACGAAAAAAGUCACUUUUUUAAUCUAAAUGACAGCUCUCUCGGCCGUCAUGUAAAUGCUGCGUCACGCAAAAGCUUAGAAAUUCAUGUGUACUCUAUUACAAAACCAGGAACCCUUUUGAGGCGAAAAUUGGUUUGAAAAUUAGUUUUCAGCUGCUCUAAUACACCAUGGAAGUAAAAUCUCAGUAGGAUCGAUAGAUUUGUAAUUUAAAUUUUAGUGACGUCAUGUGAAAACCAACAAUAGGUCCAUUUUAGGUGAUCAAAUACCUCAACCCCGCGGAAAUUUAGAAGGGGUCCUACAUUAAUGAAGCUCUCUAAGCCUAGUCCAAAGACAUAGUAAAGCUUGUGUAAUCCUUUGCUUUUUAACAGAUAGGCCACUAAGCUGCAAUCGUUCCCUUGAGAAUCAUCCAAACUCGCUAUGUCGGCCUCCGCCAUGAUUUAUGACGCCUCUUUAAAGCACCGAUACACAUCAACAGUAAUAGAGGGAAGGUCCAAUUUCCCCAUGCCACCUCUUUGUCCUGUGGACAGUUUUUCCGUUCGGACGGAGGGGUCUAAACAUAGCGAGGAGACGGCGAGGGAAAAAACGGCAGAGGGGAAGUGGGGGAAAGAGGAGGCACCCUCCCUAGCUAGUCCUUAGUCCUCGCUCGCAGAUUUUUCUCCCUUUUUCCCCUCUAUUGAGCGUGGUCCCAGGCUACACUCCGGCCCUUAUGCAUACGGCAUAGGAAUCACAUCUCCCCGAAGCCUCUCUUUGCCCGGGGUAUGCCCGAUGGAGAAGUUGAAGCUUCGAUUUGACCCGGCGAUCCAUAACGUGCAUGCGUUUAUAGAUUUUGAAAGUCAGUUCUUGGGUGAUUGUCAUGGACAUCUUUGCAUUUUUCUUCAAGCUUCUGUCAUGUCUCAUUUGUCCAAGUUUCCUUGAAGAACCAAGCUACCCAAAGGAUAUAAAGGAAAAAGCUCGAAGGAUUCUGGAGGCAACCGAACAUUUCUCAAUAGGUGCCAUUUCUACUUUAUUUUUCUGAUUAAGUCUGUUGCCAUGUGUUCACCAGACUCAGUUUUUGAAAAAAUAUUCAAGCCACGCCUAGUGCGUUCAACCGAGAAAAUAGGCAUUUUAAGAUCCAACGACGCGGCGGCAACGAAAACGUCACUUAAAAAGUGAAUUUGCGAUCUUUCAGGCUUUAUCUCAAUUAUUGCUAUUCACUUACUUUGUCAAAUGUAGGCGAAUCCUCCUGGAGUUGAAUUCCGAGGGACCAUUUCCAAGUUCAGAGAGAGAAAUAAAAUUUCGUCGUUGCUUGUUUACGUACUCCAUAAAACGUGAAAUUAGGUAUUUUCACGUCGUAGUCGUGCAAAAACGGGCAAAGAAAUGUACAAAAAAGCGUUAUGUACUUGCAAAGUUGUUGUUUUUCUUAUAAAAACUAUUGUUUUUUUGACGUUUACGUUCUCGUCGCCGUCGGCGUCGUCGGAUCUUAAAGUCCUUAUUUAGGGAGUUUAAGCAGAGACGUUUUUGAGCGAAGCAAGUCAACCGGAAGUGAGCCUUUUUCUCUUUUAAUAAGCCUUGACGCCACCAUAUUUGUAUUGCCAAGUGUCUUAAUUCUUAUAGAGAUAAUUUUCCCAAAAAAUUGUUCAAAAUCACGGCUCAAGAGUGCAAAAAGUCAACUUCCGGUUGACGUGUGUCGCUGUUACUUAAACACCCUAUUAAUAUGCUGUACAUGUUUACAUGAUGAGGAGGACAUGGUGAUUUACGGUAUUGCGGUAUCGAGCUUUUGCUUUUUCAAGUGGAUUUCGAUAAUUUUUCAAUUUUUCUUACGGUAUUGAGGUAUUAGAAACCCCUAAUGUCCCCCUCCAUGAUGGAAGGGCUGAUACUAGAAUUAUUUUUCUCCGUAAAUCUUGUGCGGUGGAUCUCAGCGAACGUGUAUAGGGUGUUGCCCAUUUAUGCAAAAGUUUCCAUACCAGAUGUAAUUUUCCUCAAAAGUGGGUUGUUUACCAUUUAGAAUUUGUUCCGGACAACCAGGUUAAAAAUCAGAAAUGGAACACGACUUUGUGGGAGCAACGGAACGUCUUUAAAAGUAGUCCUGGUUGUCUCUUUACCAUUUAAAAAACGUUUCCGGUAAAUCGGUUUGGAAAGUAUAAAUUGAACACGAUUUUUUGGGACGUUCAUGGGGGAAGGGGAGGGGAAGGAAGAUUUCCUUCCUUUCUUCCCCAACCCCCUCCCCACUCUUUUAAUUGCGCCAUUUUCAGCGUGGUCUUUGACUCUCGUUUCUCGUUCUUUGCUCCUAAACCGCACGGAAACGCUUGCUACGCAGGCUAAAUGGAAGACACCCUUAAUAUAUAAUGUGCUGACUUAAAUCAUAGUUAAUUGAGUAGAAUGGUUAUGAAACCCGUCAGACUCCUUUGUUAUAUGUUUUUGUGGACCUGAAAGUGCAUAACGUUCAAAAGAAUUCCUAUCAUUUUGAUUGUAUUGACCAAUAAAAACGUUGCAUUAAUUUAUGCCGUAACAAUUUGCCAACAGAAAACAAAGGAUUGUGCACUUUCAGGGUGCUUCCAACAUAAACUGCAGCACUGUUGUUUUUAUCAUUGAUGUUUGCCGCUUUUCAUAACCAGUCUCCUCUAAUAACUAUGCUUAAAUGCCGUGUUAAAUGGUUUGCUUAAAACUACGUGUGAACUAAAAAUCGGUCAAUUUAAUACAAAGUUUAAUUUAUUCCUGAAAUGUUUUCAAUGUAGGUUCGUAUACUGACACUCUUGGAUUAAGAAUUGUUCGAAAACAUGUCGCCCAGUUUAUCACUAAAAGAGAUGGAUAUGCCGCUGACCCAGAUAGCAUCUUCUUGACGAAUGGAGGAACAACUGGAAUAAGGGUUUGUAAUUAACUUUCAUGACUAGUCUAGUACUAUCGCUCUUUUGCGAGGUAGGCUCUAGUUUUCAAAGAGAUCGUAUGCAUUUGAACGGAACUACAAAGGACGAGCUGAGGAUAAAAAGCCGAGAGGAAACUGGGAGAAAGGCGGAAAAAAGGAACCUCUCCCCAGUUCUCUUCUCAGUUUGCUCGCUCUCCAGUCCUGCCGAGCCUCGAUUAGCUCGAUUGACCGAAAAGGGACUGCUUGUAGCUUCUGGAUUGUCUGUAGUCUAAUUCUCUGAAUUUUCUUCCAAUUGCUGCACUUUUUGAUGCAUACCGAAGUCUUCCGCUGAUUUUUCAAGCAAUUACAUAAGUAACGCUUAAGCUGAUGGUGACUUAAACGAUAUUACGCGCGCGUUCUCGCAUUUUGAGCCACUGGCUAGUCUGAGUGGUUUACCUCGCUUGCGACUGACGACUAGUUUGGGUCAAUUUUUAACAUUCCUAAGUAUACCGCUUUAAUGACAAGGUUUAGAUUUAAGUAAACGUAAAUCGUGAUUAAGUCAUGUGAUUUUCUUGCUUCCAGAUUGCCUUGGAAGCGUUAGCAACUGGUUGUUUAUGCAGCGACAAGGACAGGGCAGGACUUAUGAUUCCCAUUCCAGGUUUUCCUCACUAUGUUGCUAGGAUCAAACAGUUCAACAUGUACAAGAUUCCUUACUAUUUAAACGAAGAUAACAACUGGGCUUUAGAUAUCUGUGAACUAGAGAGAGCGUUGGAUGAGUCGAGGCCGCACUGUAGACCGCGAGGCCUGGUACUCAUUAACCCGGGAAACCCCACGGGUAAGAGAUAUUAUGUAACUUUCAUUGCAGCUUUAAAUAUGGCAAGGGAUUUUCCAGUCAUUUUUGGUGGGGGACGUAGCAGAAGAAGAAGGAUUACUUGUCAAAAAGAGGGGGCUUUUUUAAAACUAUAGGGGCGACCCGUGGUAAGCCAUCUCAUUUUCAAAAAAAGGAACCACAGAAACACUAAUACAUAUAAACAACUGAUCACUGUAGGCGGGAAAUAAAUAAAGGUUUUAGAGACUUCUUUUAUCAUUCAAAUAUAGUGAACCUAAGCCGGGAGCUUGUGAAUAUAGAAUAAAGAAUAUCCUUACUUUGACAUCUUAAGCCGUAAUGUAUAAUAAUAGCCGUAAUCAUUUAAUUGGUUGAAGUAGAAUUUAAUUCAUGUUUACAACUAGUUUAGGGAUUUUGAAAUUAGCGUAACAGUGAAAGCAAUGUGACAGUAGGUGUGAGGGGGGCGAGUUACUAUGGAUGGGAAGGAUAAUGGAGAAGAGGGAGGUGAUGGCUUAUUAGAUGGACUACGCGAUUAUCGUUUCUUAAGCAUAGGCUUGUGUAAUAGAGUUUUCGAACAACAUAAGUUAAAAAAAUACAACUAAACAAGCAACAACAAAAGCAAAAAAGAAAACUGACAGCCAGGGAACCCUGUCACUGAGCAAUUCAAAUAAUUGAUAUAUUAUUCGCUUGUUCCUGAACGCGAUUUGUUCAGUUUUGUUAGCCAUUGGCAUGGCCUCGUCAAGUUUGUUCAGACAAAACUUUUUCGGGAAAAAAAGGGAACAUACAGGAACAGUGAAAAUCGAGAAUAAAACAUACCAUGAGGGUCAUGAUUUAAAUUCAUGACCAAACUAUUCUUGCGGCAGACUAUCUAUUCUGGUCACGAAACUGCGAUCUCAGGCCUUAAUUUCUUUUAAAGCUGCCGAGUCAAACUAAAGGCGCGGUCAAAUGUCUUUGCUACAAUAAAAAUAAUAGCCUGUUCCAGCCGUUCAGAUAGUGAGGAGCGGUGCGAAGUAAAAAGGAGUGCGAAAAAAUAAAAGCGAGGGAGGGGGAGAGAUGAGAGAGGGAACGCCUGUAAGAUUUGUUUUAAAUAGACUCUUCCGCCCACUCAAACCGCAUCAGCUGUAGGUGAUCUUCACUUGUCAAUCAAGACUGGUGUCACAGCUCCAUACAUUUAUUAUUUUUCUUGCGAAUAAAUCGAAAUUUCUCAGAUCAAAAACUAAUGAUUAUGUAUACAUAAUCUUACUAAAAACCCAUUGUAAGACUUUCAGACAAUAGAGAGCGGGAGAAGUAUUCAUGUAUAAUGAAUUUAUUUACGGCUUUAAAACAUGAUUUCAGCGUGUAUGUGACAAGAAAUUACGAAUCAAGUGACAAACAAAUAUCGCUCAUUUCGAUAGAAAGCCGUUUCAAUACAAAUCGUUAACUCAAGCAAUGAAAUUAAAAUGCACAACAAUUGAAGGGAAAAUUUACUAUUCGGUGAUUGAGUGGACCUCGUCAACAGCGAUAGCUGCAACUUGCUUUCCAAGCUUUCCUUUUUGAAGUCCUUUUGUCCAUUUCCUAGACAACCACGAUUUGGGACUUCAGUAAACAAUUUCACAGCUUCCACUUUUAACGGCUUCAUCCAUAUCUUCUCCCAUCAUUGCCGCCGCUACUCCGAUUUUGUUCAAAUGUUCCACUUGGUCUUUCAUGAUGGCAAUCAACGGAGUUACCACAACAAUCGUAAAUGGCAUUCUAUCCUGCCUUCAUUCCAACGCACGCUUUAUUCGAGGAAAAAGCUGGAAAAUAAGACUUUUUCCAAAGCCAGUCGGUCUGAAAUUGCGGAGACACCUAUCCUACCGACUACGUGUUUUAAACAGUUUCUUUGCUCUUCGCGUUUAGCCUCUACGCUUGGAAAGUCACUCAGCGCUGUGUUUGUUGCGAGUUCGAAUUCUGCGUGACGGGACGUAGAGUCUGUCAUCACCACCAUAUCGCAUUUCUCGCUGUGAUCGAAGACGCUCCACUGUUGACAAAAACUGUCAAAAUCAACCAAUCAGAGGGAAUACCAGGAUCUGGUAUACCGGAACGCACUUUUGUUAAAAAUUCCUACAAGCGUUCCAGCACCUGUCUCCCCAGUCCCUUUUCAUCGCUUUCUUUACUCCGCACCGCUCUCCACUAUAUGAGCGCUUGGAACAGGCUAUAAAAAUGAUUAUCUCACAACGGUAUGCAUUCUUUCGCAGGUCAGGUCUUAAGUUAUGACAAUAUCAGGGAAGUUAUCAAGUUUUGCGCCCGGGAAAAACUGGUGUUAUUUGCUGAUGAGGUUUACCAAGAGACAGUGUUUACUAACGAGGUCCAGUUUCACUCGUGCAAGAAGGUUCUGAGAGACCUGGGUCCCGAAUACAACAAGUUCCAAUUGAUGUCGAUUCAUUCUGCCUCGAAAGGGUUUUAUGGCGAGUAUGUACAAGAAGAUUUUGCCAUUUCUAAAACCCAACAACGUUCAAUGAGACGUGCGCUUAAACAACCGAAAAUAAAAAACAUUCUAAAACAAAGUAAUAUUCUAGUAAUCAUAUGGGACUCAUGCAAAGUUUUUCUUUUUUUUUUAUCAGAGAACAUUUUAAUUGAUUUUGUCUUCAUUUUCUGAAAUUCUAGCAUCGGUAAAGGAAAAUACAAUACGACUUGGUUAAAAAAGAAAAAAACAAAUAAACAGACAACAAGACUCAUUCAAAAUUAAUUUACGUACACACAAUGGACUCAGAGUUCUGCCGCACCCAGGUGAUAGAUGUUUUCUUGAAGAUAGCCUGUUUUUAAUCUACAACUGUUUUUUUUAGGUGUGGUCUGAGGGGUGGUUACAUAGAGGUUGUAGGAUUUAGCAAAGAGGUUCUAGCUCAGUUUAAGAGGUAUCUCUCUCCACCACACAAGGCUCCAUCAACUGCUGGGCAGGUAUUUCAGCAAAGUUACUAGAGCAAGAAACGGAGGAGGCAGCCUGGCCGAGUGGUUAGACCGUCGGACUUGCAAUAGGCAAGUUUCGUAUUCCCCGACGCGGACGGUUCUGGGACGAGCACGAUUGCGAGGCUAAUGCGGAUCAACUUCUUUACAAAAACAAAAACAAACAUAGGCAAUUUGGCGCCGAGUCGAUGGAAAAUGAUAGAAAUCUAAAAAAAAGUAAGAUCUCAAAGCCUAAACUUUAGCAGUGAGUCAAAGGGAUAGUGUUGCAAACAACAAAAUUGUGAGAAAAGCUGAUCGUACUUAAUUAACACAAGAAAGAAAAAAGCGACGAAGCCAAAACCCAAAAGAAGAAGUAAACUUUUUAAGCUUGAAAAGGAUAACUUGUUAAAAUGACAAUAUUUUAUUCCCUUUUAUUUCUUACUUCUUAUAGUAUUCUAUCUAACUCUUGCGUAAUCUGUAAAAUGGAGUUUAAACUGCUCAGUAUAUCUUCUGUAUAAAACUCUCUGUUCUAGUUCUUGUCGAGUGAAAUCUGCGUACAUUUUUCUUUAUGUGAUUUCAAAUAUUUUGAUAAGUAAUGACUAAGCUAAGUGUAAGCUGAUGUAUAAAUAAACUAAUAAGGUUUUAAUCAUCUUCGUUUAAACCGAAUUAACUCCCUUACAGUGCAAGGAAUUUAUGCAAAACCUCUUCGCCGUCGGUUUAUUUUUCUUCAAAUACACAAGAUUUUGUAUUCUCUCUGUAAGAAAAAAUGUCAAUUAAAAAGAAGGUUUCAGUUUAACUUGCAAGCUUUCGAUAAGGUACCUACAAGGUAUGCCUUAAAGAAGUUUUAACCAUCACUAAAAAAUGUCUUCAGGAUAUAACCUUGUUUAGGGAUUCUGAAACCACCUUCGCAUUCCUAUUUUUAUACCACUACAUGAGAAAUUUCUGCAAUUUGAUUGGCUUAGAGCAGUGGUAUUUCAGCUAAAUUUGAAAUACCAACAUGUGAAAAUUACAAAACCUUUGCAGGUAGUAGUAUAAACAAAUAAUAGCAUGGUUUGUGCGUGAUAUUUGGCAUAAAUACCACUCGUGAUAUUUCAAAAUUGUCCCAAAUUUCACUCGGCUAUCGGCUCGUGAAAUUACGUAUAACAAUUUCGAAAUAUCACUCGUGGUAUUUAUGCCAAAUAUCACUACAAAUCAUGCUAUUACCUAUACAAACCCACUCAUCGACCACUAUUUUGGUUAUUUUCUGGUUAUGCUCGUUGUGUUUCUUGGUGAUGACCAGCUGAUUUUCCUUUUGCUGUUUGAAACAAUGAUUUCUCAAUCUUGUAAGGAUGUAAGUAAGGUUUGAGACCUGCAAAAACCUUUUAACGUUUCAAAUUUUCCUUUUUUCGCCAAUUCAGCCGCAGUUUUCAUAUGUUUGUUUGUCUUCUUGGUGAGAAGUUAGCCUCGCUUUUCACAAAAAAAGGGCUCGUCCAAGGGUCGUCGGGGAAUACGAAACUUGCCUAUUCGGAGGCCCCAAGUUCAAGUCUCGCGCUGGGCCCAUUUGUUCGAACGCCGGUUAAAUGUUAACCAGGGCUUCUUUUUCUUUUUAUCAAAAGCACCCUCUCGGAUGAUUUUCUAUAUAUUUCUGGAGUAUCUAAUCAUCAAAUUGUAGGCGAAGAGAAUUAAACUGAAUUUGUUUUUUAAGCCCUCAUAUCUGAGUUCAAAUUUCGCACUAACCCUGGGUUAUCUUAUUAAACCCACCUUCGAACAACCCGACCCUGACCGCUAGCUGGAUUUGUUCUAGGUAGUCCGGCGUUCAAAUUCUCGGCCAUGCUUGUAAACAGCCAACUGGUUUGUCUCCGGCCAGUUGAGAUUCUUAACCCUGUUAAGUUUAAUUUGAAUUAUUUGUUUCAGGCAUUUGCUCGGCCCCACUAACAUAAGUGCUAUAAGUACUGCAGAGGGUAAAUAACGGAUUCCGAAUUAUUUUUUUUAUUAUCUUUAACGGCUUUGAUUUCUUUGAGGAGCUAGAAUAUAACGACAAUAUAUUUUGCUUCUUAUUAAGUUAUUUUUGACUGUUAAUAUAAGAAGUAUACACAACUUCCCUACCACUGAGAUGUGGUGAGAUUGUCUUAGUGGCCGGUUUUAAGGAGAUACAAAUCACAACCUUUUUUUUUUCUCAAUAAACCUGCCUCGCUUGAUUUUAAGUUUAUGUCUGUUCGGUAACGCAUCAGGGGCACCCAACGAGAAUAUAGUUCAAAACCACUUAAACAUAGCAUUGUUAAACGUAUUUUAGUAUUUAAACGGUAGAUAUUGGUUAGCCCCUAAAAUUUUUUUCAUCUGUUCGGAUUUCCUAGCUGAAAGUCUAGUGAUCCGAAAAUUAUAGGGAUCAAAACCUACCUUUUCGAAAAUUUCAGCCAGAAAAAAGGCUUCCGAAAAUUCUGGGUGACCUUUUUAGGGUAAAAAUCCGUUAAAAGUGAGCAAUUAUGCCAUUUUUUAGACUUUCGAAAAUCCUAGGAGAGGCAGGCAAGCAAGAAAUUUUACGACAAAUGUUCCGAAAAUUCUAGAUCACAAAUCGUCUUCCGAACAGAUAUUUUCCGAAAAUUGACGUUGAGUGCCCCUGACGCAUCUGUUCAAGUCUGCAAAUUAAUAUACCCCGAAUAGCAGAUGUCGUCCGUCGAGGUGUCUUCUUGCUGUUCUUGCCAUGAUUUUAGACAAUAUUUCACCGAGAAACGAGUAAAACGUUUCGCCGACUGUUCAGCCAUUUUGCUCUCAGUAUCAAAACAACUCACGCCAACCUCUUUCCCCGGGGGGGGGUAUUUUUUGGGUGGGUAUGUGCCGCCCGGGACUCCAAAUUGGCACCCCGUUCUAGAAAAAAUUUCCCCUAAAAUUGAUACCCCGUUCUAGAAAUAGGCCAAUUUUUUAUACCCUGUUCUAGAAUUCGCCCUAAAACUAAUACCCCGUUCUAGAAAUGGGCCAAUUUUUUAGACUCCGUUCUAGGGUGCAACAAGAGUACAACGGUUUGAUUGUUAACGCAUUGACCGUAUUUUUAAAAGCAAUCUGUCCUUGAACACUUUCAAAUGGCUGCUUACAAAAGUGGAGAGCUUUCGUGGGUUCGAAAUAUUAUACCCCGUUCUAGAAAACGCCUCUGAAAUGGAUACCCCGUUCUAAAUCAGGAGCUUCAAAAUCACGACCCCUUUGGGCGGCACAUACCCGUAUAGGUAAUGUAUGGAAGUACCCCCCCCCCCCCCGGGCCUCUUCCCCAGGUUCAGUCUCGGUUAAUCAAUAAUAUGCAACUUGGACGACUGCACUUAAGCCUGCGCAGCUGGCUGGAUUCGUGUGCCCGGUGAACGUUUUUGGUGGCGGAGCAGCCAUGCGAGGUGAGAGGGAAAAUCCUGCUUGCCGCAUUUCUUAUGAGUUUGAAUGCCGCCCACUUUUGUGAACUUGUUUGGAACCAUUUGAUUACCCAAUCAUGAAGAGUUAUAUAAUACGAAACUGACCUGCAAACGAGACUGGACAAGCGUAACAAUCAAGUCACGAACAAAACAACUAUUUGUUGAAAGUUAUUUAGGAUCCAGGCAGGAUAUUCUGCAGUUACUCCAAAAUUGAGAAACUAAAUCCUUUAUUAAACGGUCAUUAGCCGCAAUAUAAAGCUUUAUGCUUCAAAAGAGGUCAAAGAAUUCCCUAAAAUGCUUCAGAGGUCAAAUUCUGUCAAAGACAAAAACCACAGGAAAUCAAUGUUGGAAUGCACAGGAAACACAUCGACUUCAUGACCUCUCAAUCGGCAAUUAAGAUAGCAUUUGCUCAGUCGAGAGCAAGAAUCCUUCACAGCAUACUCCACCCGUAUUUCCCCGGGGGGGGGGGGUACUCCCUAAUAUGGGCUAUAUAGGUAUGUGCGGCCCCAAAGGGUAGGGUUUUUCAGCCGUUUUGGUCAUAAAUUGGGUAUCGAUUUUGGCUAUUUUGCCGCCAUUUUGGUCAUAAAUAGGGUAACGAUUUUUGCACUGUAGUCUUGAAUGCACUUUUUUAGAAGAAGCUACUUCCUUAUCAUGUCCCCCUAACCUAAUAAAAGCAGAUAAACAUUGCCUUUAACAUUGGUCUGAACUAGGGAAAUAAUUAUAAGGCAGGUCUGAAACAGGGUAUUGAUUUAAGGGUCAGGUCAUAAAUAGGGUAUCAAAUUUUUGGUUAGGUCAUAAAUAGGGUAGGGAAAAUCGCAGGUUUUGGUCAUAAAUAGGGUAAGGGUUUUGGGAAGCGGGCCGCACACCCCUACCCAAUUUUUCUGCGAGUACCCCCGGGCGUAUUUCUAAGGUUAAGUUUUAAAUGAUUAAGCGCUCUUUUGAUGUUCAGCUCGGAUGGAUCAGGGAGUUUGCACUGCGUGACAAAAGGCAUUAUUGUCUGGUGCGCUUUUGUUAUACAGCCUGUUUCAAACGUCGUGCUACUGCCGUGCUAAGCUGGCUCGACUGUAGCUCGACUGCAGCACGACACUAGCACGACUUGGUUUCAGACGUCGAAUUUAAUUCAGUCGAAUAGAACGGCUGUUGCCGAAAACAAAACACAAAAAUAAAGAAAGGGUUUAGCAAACUUUUAUAUGUAUGUAAUGUAUUUAUAAUUUAUGAAUUGAGUUCGGCACGGCGGUAGCACGACAGCUGGCACGACUUGUUUCAAACGUCGCGCUACUGCCGACUGCUAAAGUCGAAUUCAAUUCGAACAAUUGAGUUCGGCACGGCAGUAGCACGACGUUUGAAACGGGCCUAACUUUCCCUUGGGAGAUAGAAGAGAUAUUAAUGAUCAUUUGAUUGGCGUUUUAUCGCUUCAUAGCCAAUUAGAAACUCCCCUAAGCCUGGCUGCGGACUUUUAAAAAUACCCAAGAAUUGUGGCAGGCGGGACUUCAAAUUGACUUGUACACCCACCCUCCUCACGGCUCCGCCGCCAAAACAAUACAGCACUCCAACGCGCCCCCGCCAGCUAUGCAGGCUAGCCGCACUUUUGACGUCAUUGAUUUCAAUAUGACAAAAUUCUUUCCCAAUUUGGUCAACAGUAGCUCCAGUUUUGAUGAAUUACGCGUGUGUUUUUAGCUAAUCAGCAAUGGCGAAAUAUUUUGAAUGUUAUAUGAUGGCAAUAUUAGCUAACAGCACGCACCUUGAAAAAGGAAAUGAACCUAUAAAUGCAUAGUACCAGCUAAUCUCUUUCUUAUCAUCCGUAGGCUGCUGUCAGUGCAAUUUGUAAUCCCCCUCAGCCUGGUGACGAGUCGUACGAGACAUUUAUUAAGGUAAGCGUUAUGUCAGACGUGUCUGAACUACAAUACAUGGGCUCGGGACCUAGCACGUCCUGCACACUCCAAGACUGGGACGACUGGAGUAUUUAAUUGUCAUAUUUUUCAACGUGACCAAUUCAGUGGUUUCGAGAAUGUUAUUGAAGUGUAUCUGGGCUGUAAUGAGUAGAACAGGCGAUCGUUAUCCUGUGCAAUGCGAUCGGUAUCCUGUGCAAUGUGUGUAAAAAACCGCUUAUUGGGCUUUCGAUCGAGAUUAACCAGAAUGAAGAGGGCUGAAGAACCUCAGCGCAUGCGCGUCAUGUGUCAGUUUUUUGCUUGACUUUCAAGUCUUGAUCCUUAAACUUUUAUCGUGGAGGAGCUUUUGUUUACUUUUCUUCUCACUGAUUAUUAAGCCCCUUGAUUCCCCAAAUUUUGACCAUUACAAUCUACAGGUUGUUAUUUCAGCCAAUAAACACUGCGCCGAUAAAAACAAUAAACGAUAAACUUGUUUCCAGCUGGAUUGUUAGUCAGUGCAAUUCCUUUAGUUUUUAAUCGUGAUCGAAAUUAGAAAAAAGCAAUAUUUUAAAAAUUUUUCUGCAGGAGAAAAUGUCCAUUAUGGAUUCUUAUCAAAGAAAAGCGGGGAUAACCACAAAGAUGCUGAAUUCUCUUAAACACGUGUCGUGUAAUCCUGUAACUGGUUCACUGUAUGCAUUUCCCAAAGUUAUUCUUCCACAAAAGGCCGUCGAAGAGGCUAAGGUGAGGCGUAGUUCCUCGAAACCAAUAGACCUUUUUUUGUUAACUGAUACGGCGGCCAUAUUGAAUUUAUUAGAUUUAAGGCGUUUAAUGGGAUGCCCAGGGAGCUCUUGCUCAGUAUUUAUUCGUGCUUUUCAGGGGCAAAAAGAGAACUUCACUGUAUAUUUCUCGGGAAAAAGGCGAUCAUUAUUACAUCCAAACAAGGCACAGCGAUCUUUUUUUCCCAUUACAAUCUUUUUCUAGGAAACCUUAAAGAAAAUUGGUCCGAAAAGCGCGCGUAAAUACUGAGCGUAAAUACUGGGCAUCCCAUGCAUAAUACUCCUUAAAUCUUAGAAAUACAAUAUGGCCGCCGUAUCGGUAAAAAGGUUUAUAGAGAGUUUAGGUAGUGUUCACGCCAUACUGGAUAGCGUUUCAUCUAUAGCAAAAACAGCAACUGCCCUGGACCAGAACAACCAGCUCACACACAUCGAACAUCGUACCUGAGCGGUUGGUCGAGAGCCAGCUUGGUGAACUAAGUCCCAAGUCUCACUCUUGAAUAUUUAUUUCGUCUCAGUGGGUUCCAGUCCUCGCCACUACGUAUUCACUUCCUCGACGGUCCGAAAAAGUGUACGGGCCAGAACCUAUUCGACAUAUGACGCUCCAAAGUGUUCGAGAUUGGUGCGGCAUAGCUUUGCUCCGUCACAGAAAUUGCGCCAAAAUCGUCAAUCUUGUGUAUGAACGGAACCCCUAUCCGGAACAGUUUUCGCGCCUGCGCAAAAGCUAACUGGUAUAAUGUGAACAAAGCCUUAAGCAACGACCAUGUGACGGCAUCGAGAACGGCAAAAAAGCCUCUGCACUAUAUGAACAACUUCGCACGUGCAUCACGCUUUUUUGUACAUUUCUUUGCCGUCAUUGCACGACUACGACGUGAAGGUGCCUAACUUCACGUUUUGUGGAGAACGUGAACACAUUAAGAAAAUGACGUUCUUUUUCUUUUCCUGAACUUUGAUACAGUCUUUUAGAAUUCAACUUCCGAAAAAUUAGCCGAUGUUUGACGAACUGAACGAGAUGAAAUAACGCGCUAAAGUUUGAAGCAGCGCGAAUUCACUUUUUCAGUGACGAAGCCGUCGCCGUCGUUAAAGCUUAAGCCCUCCCUAUAAAUAUAGAUUCCCUUGAGCUUUAUUCAAAAGCCCACAACGGAAAUGUGCAACCUCAUUCCCAGGGUCCUCUCCAACCUGCAGGGACGGGUAGGAGAGGACCUUGGCAACGAGGUAAGGAAAUGCUUUCAUUUUUUUCAGCUCAAGAAUUGCACACCUGACGAAUUCUACUGCUGGCAGAUGUUAGAAGCGACUGGUAUAACCCCUGUACCGGGAACUUUGUUCGGACAAAAAGAAGGAACAUAUCAUUUUAGGUCAGGACCGUUGUCAUUCGCCUCUCUUUCUUAGUUGUUUUAUAUACGUGUUUCUCUUGUUGGGUGAUGGGGGAAGUCGCGGCGCUGAUGUGGGACGGAGUAAUUGGCCUCUGAAGUUGAACGAGAGACUGGCUCACUAGAAGGAGACUGUUUUGGGAGACACCUUUUUGGCACCUAUGCCGGGUUGUUCAAACCUGGGUGAAGAAAACCCAAGGCUAUUGCGAAAUGUGAAUUCAAAUAUGAAAGCGUAAAAAGCCAAUUCAGAUUGAUUCUUUUUGUCCGCAAUUUGAUGAUAAGAUACUCUAAAAAUGACAGGGAAAUUAUCCAAGAAAACACUUUUGAACAAAAGAAAAAAAAAGGAUUAGAAUUAUACCCCCGGUUAGAGCUAAUCGGCCUUCUAUCAAUAGACCUUUUUAGCUCUAGGUUUUGUUUUCCCAUUGUAGACCACGUGAUUUUACACUAGAGAACUGUUUCUUUCAAAUGACGUCCUAUGAAUGUGCAAAAUACAAAAGGCAAAUUCCCCUGAGAAUAUCACGAUGUCUGAAUUGGAUUAAAAACUGACAAGCUAAAAAGGUCUAUUGGGCCCUGUCCUGGGGUCAAUUUAAUAAAACUUUUACACUUGUAACUUGUAUGUAUACCCAUUGUUUAAGAGUCUGAAAACAACAGUUACACUUGUAAAUUACACUUGUAAAAGAUUUAAAAAAUUGACCCCUGCGCUUCUUCAAAAUAGCCAAUAACCGAAGCGAUCGAAUGUCCUCAAACAGUCCCAUAUUGCUAUUCGGGACAACUUCCGACCCAGCCUCGCUCGUAACCUCCAAAGGUUAAUUCUUAAGGUGCCUCGACCCCGUAUUUUUUAGGUAAACCGUCCAUCUUUGGUCUCUUAGACUUAAACAAAUUUAUCUUUAUUGCAAACCAUUAUAACUCAUGUAUUACACAUGUUGAAAACGUUUAGUUGUUUUCAAUAGCUCCUGCAGUGUCUUUUAUUUAAAAAGUGAAAUAAACCUGACUUUAAUUACUUUUUGGAAGGGCAAAAUUAUUAUAAAUCAGGAUAUAUGUUUGAAAGUCUUUAUUUUUUCUUUGCCGCAGGUUAACCAUCUUGCCAUCUGAGGAAAAGGUAGUUUCCAUGUUCGACAGAAUGAGCAAGUUUCAUGAAGAAUUCAUGCAAAAAUACAGAAAUGACAAGGAUAAUCAACACUAAUUUAGCAAAUAUAAUUCCGCUUGUUAAUUACUGGGCUCCAUGCAACUGUUGCAGCUGGCAUACCUUCAAUCAUAGUUAAGAAAGUGGAAUGGUUUUGCAACCGUGCACAGCGUUCAAUAGCAUUCCUAUCAUUUUGAACUUACUAAGCAAUAGAAACUUUUACAUCGCAUUGAUUUAUUCAGUCACUAUUUGUGAGCCAAAAGCAAAGGAUUGUGCAAGUUGUAGAGCUUCCGACAUAAACUGCAGCACCGUUUUUUUCAUCUUUGAUAUUUACCGCCUUUCAUAACCAUUCUCCUCUACUAAAUAUACUUAAAGGGAUAUUUUUAGUUAUAUUUUUAUAAUUCCAGUUUUUAGCUAUUAAUAGUAAUUUAAUUGGCUAUUGUUCAUGACGAGAAAUUGCACUUUGGGUGAGGUUAAUCUUUGGUCAAACAAGCAAAUCAAUGUAGUGAGUUUCCCAAUGCCCAAUUGCCAUAGGACCAAUCGCCAAAGUAUUAACUUCCAUUCAAUAAGACUUAUUUAUAUCAUUCUUGUUUUUAGUCAUUUGCGGGGAAAUUCUCGGGUUGGGUUAUUACAGUACAGGACGACGAACUGU